AUGAGAUGUUCAGAAUGUGUUGACAGAGUCUGGUGAUAGUCAGCACCUCAAUACUAAUUGCUCCAACCAAGUUUUAAUUCCACAAACACAGGGCCAUCUCACCUCCAGAGCCCAUGGACAUUUAGAUGCCAUGAAAACCCCAGGACCAACUGGUAAUGAGAACACUUGAAGCCGAAGAGGAGAAUAAAGAAAACAAGAACAGAAGAGGACAAUUGUAGCCAGUUACGAGUAGGCAAUAGCCUACUUCAGAAUGGCAUUGAAAGUGGAUGGUAAACCCUGUUACGGCAGCCUAGCAACAGGACCUGGAAUGUCGGGAAGUCUGAGUGAUUCUGAAACGGUCCCUCAUCUAAUCCCGGCUCCCGGUCCAGAGCCACAAAAAUGGCAACCGAUGUCCAAGCAGGAGCUGGAGUUUGCCGCGGGGGGGGCGGGCUGGAGGAAGGUACGCUGUCACCUGGUGCUGGUUUUCUGGCUGUGUUGGCUGGGCAUGCUGGGCGCUGCAAUUACCAUCAUAGUGCAGAGCCCUCGGCCGAUAGCACCGGCGCUACUGUGGUGGCAGAGGGCGCUGUUCUACCGCAUACAGCCUUCAGUAUUCACGGACGCCCAGAAUGAGGUUCCAAGUGGUAUCCACGCUGUGAGUGAGCGGCUGCCCUAUCUGAAGUCCCUGGGCGUGGGGGCCGUGGUCCUAGAGGGGCUGUUUCGCCGGGACGCGUCCCCUCCGAACCUCACGUCGGUAGACGUGGGCACAGUGCCUCAGGUCCAACAGCUGCUCAUGCAGUGCCGCAAAGAAGGCAUCAGAGUAGUGUUGAGCUUCUGUGAGUUGGACCUAUUUGGGCAUCAACACUCUGUAGCCAAUGGCUCUGAUGUGACCUCUGAACUGUCUGGCUCAAUUCAGAAUGCCCUUCGAUUUUGGCUGGAGCAGGGUGUGGCAGGAUUUGAGAUUUGUGACACGGACAUGGCAUAUUCACCAAAGACCCUCACCGAGUGGAGAGUUCUGGUCCAGGAGUUCAGCACGUCAGAUCGUGAACGAAUUGUGUUGGUGAAACAAACCGGAGAGUCUCUGUCUGCGCUGAACACGUUUGGCACAUCAACCAACCACUCAUUGAUGGAGAUGGUUACGAGGUCACUGCUGCCACCAGCACAUCACCUCCUGUCCAGACAAGAAGUGGCUGUUGCCAUGGAUAGACUCCUAUCAACACCACAUGGUGAUAUUUGGCCAAGUUGGACGGUGGGGGGUGAAGCAACGCCGGUGUUUCACAGAAUGCUCUUAGUUCUGAUGAUGACUCUUCCUGGAUCACCUGUUGUCAAGUACGGAGAAGAAAUCGUUCCCUCACCAAAUGUGUCUGCACAGAUUCAGGAACACCAGGCAGACAAGACCCUUGGGCAGGGCGAUUCCGUUGGGGAACGGACACUGAAACAGUCCCCCUCAGCUCUGUUCAGCUCCCUCAGUCACUGUCGCCAAAGAGAAGAAUCCCUCCUUUACGGAGCCUUCACCUUGCUCCCUUUUAACUCCACCUCCCUCUCCUCCUCAAACUCCACCAGUGCCACACAGGGCCCCAAGUCGGCCCCCAUGCUUGCCUUCCUGCGCUCCUGGGGCUGUGUCCACUUCCUGGUUCUGCUUAACUUGGGCACUGAGACCCGAGUCCUGGACCCAGCCUGGGCCCCUAGCCUCCCCCAUGAUGGGGUGUUUGUGACCAGCACAGGGCUGGACCGCCUGGGCACCAUAUCCCUGGAAACACUGAGGAUUCAGCCAGAGGAGGCUGUAGUAAUCAAGCUGUUAGAGCAUCGCAGCUACUCUCCAUAGGGCCUGUUGUCUGGGCUGUGGAAUGUGAGUGAGAGAAUUAAGAUGCUACGUUUUUAGUCAUCUAUUCUGGUGUGCCCACAUUUAAUGUAAGUUCUGACGUAUUUUGAGGCGUGUAUCGGUCUUAAACUAAUAAAUAAUUGUAUUGUGUGAA